AUACUUGGAUCAAAAAUGCAGAUCAUAUGUAUGCAAAAGGUUUGGUUAUCCAUCAGGUCAAAUGUCGUAAUAAGAACAUAUUUAAUCAAAAAAUGUGUUGGUAGAAACCAAUAACUUCAAUCACAGAGGUUGUUACGUUGUUCUAAUCUGAUUCGCUAAUUUUCUACUCCAAACCAAUAAUUAUUACCUUUAUGAGGCCAUAAGAAGUGAAUGGGCCUUGAUAGAAGCCUUACAAGCCCAAAUAAUAAAAGUCCAAUAAAGAUAAAUAACACGUGGAAGACACACUACACAUGGCCGAUCUCUUCUAAACAGCUGUUCCCAUCUUUCGUCAAAUCCCACGAACAGCCUCGAGACAUGUCGGAAGAUCACGCCCAUACGGAGAACAAAUCCCACACAGACGGUGGCGAUGAUGUCGGAGAAAUCGUCAACGGAGGGACGGUGAAUGGUCGCCGCGGAACGGACUAUGUGGCGGUUGAUACGGAGAGUCUUUACUCAUUGGUUUGCAUCAUCAUCGGUUCGAUUCUGUUUCCGGAUUCGAAAACCAGCGAUGCCUACUCGUCUCCUUUGCUUCAACGAAUAAGAAACUCGGUCUCCGAGAAUGGCCCGAAACUUCGAGAGGCUUCUCGCAAAACAUCACGCGAGAUUCUCCAAUGGACUCGUCAAGGCAGCCCGCUUCGUGCACUGCUUGUCAUCACAAUGGGAACAAUAGCUCUUCUUACAACAAUGGCUUUGGUUGUCUUCGCGCUCUUCUUUGUAGCUGCAACAGCCAAUGCGAUCAUAAUCUCUCUUUUGGUUUCACUUGCUGUUGCUGGCGGCUUCUUGGCUCUCUUCUUUCUCUCCUUGACUGCUAUUUACAUCGGAGCCUUAUCCGUUGCUGCUUUCGUCAUCUCUACCGCUGCGGUUUCAGCUGUUUUUUGCGUCUUGAUUGCUUCAGGUUGGAUUGGGUUCUUCUACGCUGUGUGGUUGGGAGCAAGAGGAAGCCUGCGCUUGGUGAAGCAAGUGAUGGGAUUAGCCAUUUCAGGUAACGGCUUAAACAUCGACUCAUCUAGCUGAGAAGUCUCUACAGAGUUUGUUGAUAACCCCCAAGUUUUGGUCUAGCGUGUUGUUAAUGAAAGUUUAUAUGAAUGUUUUUAUGUACUGAGCUUUGUUGUAAAGCAGCAGAGAACCAGAAGAAUAUUUUCAAAAAAUCAAUAGUGAACGUUUGUGAUCAA